AUGGACCAGAUAUCUGACUGCGAAUACAGAAGUAUAUUGACCAAAGACUCUAUCAACCCGAUCUACGGCUGUCCCGUCGUCGACCGUGAGUCUCACCACACCUCACCAGCAGCUCAUAUUCGAAUCGCUGGGCAUCUCGAGAAUACGCGUAUCCGGUUCAAUUUCUACUUUCCACCAAAAGAGUUUUGGGAUGGGAGAUUCUUUCAGCUUGUAUUCCCUACCCAGUCAGAACACGCCACCCCCGAGACCAUUGGCUUCGCAUUAGCCAGCCGUGCCUAUGCCGUCCAAGUUACUGGCGCACGUGGCUUCGAGGCAGAGGCUGCUGCUGCUGAGCUUUCGAGGGUAAUCGCCAGAAGGUACUAUGAUGAACCUUUGCGUCGCAUCUAUGGCUACAUCUACGGUGGAAGUGGCGGCUCUUUUCAAGUCAUUGGUGCCAUGGAGCGAUCCAGGGGAAUCUGGGACGGGGCUGUUCCUUUCGUCCAGGCGGUGCCGAUUUCUGCCCCCAACAACCCCUCAAUCAGAGCGAUGGCUGGAUUAGUUCUCCGGGAGAAGGCUGGCGACAUUCAGAAAGCAUUGAGACCCGGUGGCAGCGGCGAUGUUCUUGCUGCACUUGACUCCGUCGAGAAAGAUGUCCUUAUCGAGGUGACAAGACUCGGGAUCCCACUCAACACCUUCGAGGACUUUGCGGCAGCAACAGACGCAUCAACAUUAGCUCUGUUAACGAAUCCAAUCGUUAAUAUGUUAGAUCCAACCUAUGCAAACGAUUUCUGGUCGAAAAAGGGGUAUCUUGGCACCGAGCCGAGUCCCCUCGGGGAUGUCUUCAGAAGGGCGCGGGUCAGCUUUGAAGCCACCGUCCGACAUGUCACAGUUGACCUGGCAGGGGUUCCCAUCAAAAUUCAUUUGCAAACUGUGCCCCCCUCAUCUGCUACUCUUGGCGAGUACUGGUACGACUUCACAGUCUAUUCCUCGAGCAACGCCGUCCUUGGUAUCUUGACGGGGACCUUCAACGUCAUCACCAAGAUGGCUACAUUCGACCUCAAACUUGUGGGUCAAAACGACACUUCUCUUCUCAAAUGUCUCUCCAGAGGAACGAUACUCAAUAUCGAUAACAGCCGAUCGCUGGCAAUGCGGGCCUACUAUCGGUAUCAAGUCCCUGAGCGGCCUGGUUUCUACGGAUUUGACCAUCUGCGUGGACCCAAGGGAUCUUCGAUAUACCCCAGACGGACAGUGGAUGUCUCUGCACGUCUCGCGGAAGGUGCCUCGGACUCAACUCACGACGGUGAUAUCAAAGGCAAAAUCAUUGUUGUCCAAAACCUCGCCGACAGCGAUGCUUUUCCUUGGCACGCCGACUGGUACAGGGGGCAAGUCAAGCAAGUUCUGGGCGAUCAGUUCGAUAACAACUACCGACUUUGGUUCAACGAGAAUUCCGAGCAUGACUAUGAAGGACCCAAAGACAGUCGAAGGUCACUGGUAGUGCCGUAUCGCGGAACGGUUCAACAAGCACUGCGAGACUUGAGUGCCUGGGUCGAGAAGGGGGUUCAGCCGCCGAAUUCUACGUCUUACAACGUGGGCGAAGACAACUCGAUUCAGAUACCAUCAGCCGCAUAUGAGCGAGGGGGCAUUCAGCCCACGGUAAGCUUGACUGUUGAGGGCAAACAAAAGUUCGAAGCAAGGGUUGGACAGGCCGUCAACUUCCAAGCCAGCGUCGAAGUCCCUCCUGGGGCCGGAAAGGUGGUCUUCGUAGAGUGGGACUUUUUCGGAAAAGGGCGAUUCACAUAUGGUCACCUCGGCGUUCCAAGCUCGAAGGUUCACGUCAAUACCGCAUUUGCCUACAAUACCCCGGGUACCUUCAUUGUUGGUCUGCGGGUAACAUCACAACGUGAAGGUGAUCUCAGAACACCAUACACAAAGAUCAUGAACCUGGCCCGUGUCUCGGUGGAUGUAGUGCGGCCUCCAGAUAUCGCAAACGCAUUUCGAUUAUAG